AAUCUCUCGCGCGCCCCGCAGCCGCCGGCACGCACGCACGCGAUCGUCACGCCGCGAAGACCAUGAGCAUCACGGCGGCGGCUGUGGCCGUGGGCCCGCCCGCGUUCGCCAUCGGGGCCGCGCCGGCCGCGGAGAUGGAGAUGAAGCCGGCGCUGGCGCUGCCGGAGCCGAGCCGCGGCGUGGGCGGCAUCGGGGAGGACAGCGACGGCGUCCGGGUGGCGGCGGAGGGGCGGGCGUCGCGGUUCCGGCGGAUCUGCGUCUACUGCGGCAGCGCCAAGGGGCGCAAGGCCAGCUACCAGGACGCCGCCGUCGACCUCGGCAAGGAGAUGGUGGAGAGGGGCAUAGACCUGGUCUACGGGGGCGGCUCCAUCGGCCUCAUGGGCCUCGUCUCCCACGCCGUCCACGCCGGCGGCCGCCAUGUCAUCGGGAUCAUCCCAAGAUCACUCAUGCCCAGAGAGGUAACCGGGGAUCCUGUAGGGGAAGUUAGAGCUGUUUCUGGCAUGCACGAGAGGAAGGCCGAAAUGGCUCGGUUUGCUGAUGCUUUUAUUGCCUUACCAGGUACAAAUUCAAUAGCCCACUCCAAUUCUUCUACAAGUGAGAAAAUGUGGAAUAAAUCAUGCAUAUUUUGUGCUGUAGAGUUUGACAAUUCAGUUAAUUUGACAGGCGGCUACGGAACCUUGGAGGAGUUGCUUGAAGUGAUCACGUGGGCACAACUAGGAAUACAUAAGAAGCCGGUCGGUCUGCUGAACGUCGACGGAUUCUACGACCCACUGCUGUCGUUCAUCGACGUGGCCGUCAACGAAGGCUUCAUCACCCAGGAGGCGAGGCAGAUCAUCAUCUCGGCCCCGACAGCCAAGGAGCUAGUCAAGAAGCUGGAGGACUACGUUCCAGAGUACGAGAUCGGCCUAGUGUGGGAGGACCAGGACCAGAUACCAAGCAACAGCCUGGUCCCGGAGCCGCUGGAGACCCCCGCGAUCACCUCCUCCUGAUCGAUCAACCUUGCGUGCAUCUCAGUUAGGGUUCUAACAACAGUGUCAAGAUAGCGGCGCCGCAUAUAUUUAUUCUCUCCUAGAUGAUAAGUCCUAGCCGACUGAAGGGCGAC